UGCAAUUGCAACAAUUGCAACGAUUGUAAUUUUUUUUAUAUAUCUGUAUUUACUAUGGAACAAGCUUAUUUUCUGAGCUAGAUUUCAAAAUCAAUGGUUGUAAAUAUGCGAUAAUAUCCACACAUUCGGUACACUGUGUUUUAAAAUCUCCAACCACUAUUUGAAUAAUAAUAAAAAAAAGAAUGGUGCGACUGAAGUAUGCAAAACUGUUGACAAUUUUGGUGUUUAUAGUUAAUGUGAUUUUAUUUCUUUAUACGUGGAAAUGGUUUGUCAGUGAAUCAAAUAAUUACUCAACAACUGUUCAAACAAAAUUAUUGAAAAUAAAAGAUCGCGCACAUUCAACAAAUAAACAUAUUAAAAAACUAAUAACAAUAGUAUUUCGUGAUUUUUAUCAUUUUGAAAAUGAUUUACAACAUUCCAUCGAUAGUAUUUUAAAUCAAAUUCCAAAUAUUCAAAUUAUGGUUUUAUACGAAGAUGAACCAUAUCCACCUUUAAACUUUGUAAAAAACUAUACGGCAACUCAUUCAAAUGUAAAAUUCAUCAAUUUAAACUUUGAUAUUCGAAAAACGUCCAAAGCUUUGUCUCCUCUUUCACAAAUCCGCACCAAAUAUGUGCUAUUCACACCAGACAGUUUUCGUUUUGGAGGUAGAGCCAUCAUUCAAAAAAUAUUAGCUGAAAUUGAGAAGAAAUCAAAUCGCAAAAAUGUGGCCAACUCAAGAAAUACGGACAUCGAUGCGAGCUCAUCAGAUCAAAAUAUAAAUAUAGAUAGUUUGGCAAAGAAUGAUAAUAGUAAAUCCAUAAUUAUAAUUCCAUUCGUAUCGAAUGUCGCCUCAAUGAGCAAUUGUUGUCGUAUAAAUAUUGAUAUUGCCAAUUGGACAAUGGAAUAUAUAAGUAUAAAAAACAGUAUACAUCAAUGUGAUAUGUUUUUACAAAAGCAUGCCAUCCUUGCCGACACGAGUUUAUUAAAGAUAAUGCCAGACGCUUUGGCGUCUCCAUUUCCUGAGAUGUUUUACAUACAGGCCAAAAUAUGUAAAGCCAAGUUACAUUUUCUUAAAACAGGACUUUUACAAGAUGGAAAACGGUUAUUUACGGCAUUUCAUAAUAAGCAACGCAGAAAAGAAAUACGGAAGCAACAAUUCAAAAAUAUGUAUAAAAAGAUACAAAUAAAAAAAGUGGUAAGAAAAUAUAGGGGAAAAAUAAAUGAUCGACAUAACAAGCAACACGAAAAAAAAGCAACACGAGACAUUUUCGGCAAUGCAAUGCCAGCAAUAGUUUUAUCAAAUGUGUCAAUUCCUAUUUUAAUAAACACUGAAUACUUUGGAUGUGAAAAAAAUACACGAAGUUGUAUUGGAACAGUAUUUCGUAAACCAUUUUAUGUGUAUCUCAAACGGAAUACACCACCAUGCUGUUUAGAAAAGUUAAAAUCCGUCUUUUAUCAUGUUUUAGAGGAAUUAACAAAUGUUGGUAUCAGAUAUUGGUUGGAUAAUGUGGCAUUGAAAUCGGCAAUUGAAACCAGCGAAUUGGCCCGUGAUGCAUUUGAAAUUGAUAUCAGCUUCAUAAGCUAUGAUCUAGAUCGUUCGACAUUGUUAAAGAAGGCACAAACACGACCAGUGAUUGAUAAUUUGGGAUUUUAUUGGAUUAAAGCAACUGAGGGGCAAUAUUUUCGUGUUCAAUAUUCCAAACAAAAUCAAGUCGGCGUCAAUUUAUUGCCAUUUAGUAUGAUCGGUGAACGUGUUCGUGCCAAUGGAUUUUUCGGUUGGAAAGCUAAGGAAUUCUCUGCUGAAUUUUUACAUCCAAUGUCAACUGUUAUAUUUUUGAACAAAAACGUCAUGACUGUCAACAAUGUGUGUGACUUUUUGAGUCUAAAAAAUAUUACUUAGUUAGUUUUUUUCUGAUAUCAAUUCAUGUUGUUUCAUUUAUUAAUGAUUUUUAUGUAGUCUGGUUAUAUUUUAAGGAACACUUGUAUUUUAGAAAAAUGUCAAAUUAAAUAAAUAUCUACUUACAAUGUAAA